AUGACUUAUAUCACGGCCAGCGUCUUUGCCUUGCUUCUCUUUCUCUUCUUUCUAUUUUCUAAGAGGGAAACUAAAAAAACUACACCUCAAAGAACACUUCCACCCGAAGCAGGUGGUGCAUGGCCUAUUGUCGGCCACCUCCACCUAUUAGCAAGGUCAAACCCUGCCCAUAUAACCUUGGGUAAUAUGGCUGACAAGUAUGGACCAAUCUUCACUAUCAGGUUGGGCAUGCAUAAAGCUAUAGUGGUCAGCAAUUCAGAGUUAGCCAAAGAGUGUUUCACCACCAAUGAUAAAGCCUUUGCCAACCGUCCCAAAGCUGUGGCAACAGAACUUAUGGGCUAUAACUAUGCCACAUUCGGUUUGAGCCCUUAUGGUCCCUAUUGGCGCCAAGCUCGAAGAAUAACCACACAUGAGUUCCUUUCAAAUCACCGCCUUGAGAUGUUCAAACACAUCGGAGAGUCGGAGGUAAACACAUCUAUAAAAGAAACAUAUGAUCAACUCUUGGUCAAUAACAACAAGCUCAUGUUAGUGGAGAUGAAGAGAUGGUUCGGCAACAUCACGCUAAACACUGUAUUUAGAAUGGUUGUAGGGAAGCGAUUUGCUUGGGCUACCACCGAGGAUGAGGAUGAAGGAAAUGAUCUCCGGAGCCGAAAGGCAUUUAUAGAUUUCUUCACGUUGGCCGGAAAGUUUGUGGUGUCAGAUGCACUUCCAUAUCUGAGAUGGUUGGACUUGGGUGGGGACGAGAGGGCCAUGAAGAAAGCCGCAAGAGAAAUGGAUCAUGUGCUUCAAGGUUUACUAGAAGUACACAAACAAAGAAGGGUCCUGAGUGAGGUGAAGAACGGACACCAUGACUUUAUGGAUGUGAUGCUAUCCGUUGUCAUAGAUAACGAAGAAAUCUUCAAAGAGAACGAAGAGAUUUCUAGUUUUGAUGUUGAUACAAUCACCAAAGCUACUUGUCUGUCCCUUAUCUUAGGGGGCAUAGAUACAACAGCUGUGACUUUGACAUGGGCUCUCUCUCUACUUCUUAACAACCGAGAGGCUCUAAAGAAAGUCCAACAAGAACUAGACCUCCAGGUUGGCAAGGAAAGGCAAGUUAAAGAUUCGGACAUGAAAAACCUAAUCUAUCUUCAAGCAGUCAUCAAAGAAACAAUGCGUUUAUACCCUGCAGCCCCACUUUCUUUGCCGCAUGAGUCCACUGAAGAUUGUACUUUGGCUGGUUACCAUGUCCCAGCCGGCACACGUCUUCUUGUUAAUCUAGCAAAGAUCCAACGAGACUCACAUGUGUGGCCCGAUCCAACCGAAUUUCAUCCAGAAAGGUUCCUUACUACCCACAAAGAUAUCAACGUUAGGGGUCAGAAUUUUGAAUUGAUACCAUUUGGCAGUGGUAGAAGAAUUUGCCCCGGAAUCUCGCUUGGUAUGCAACUGAUUCAGCUCACACUUGCUACCUUCUUGCAUGCUUUUGACCUUUCAACUCCUUCAGCUGAACCAGUAGAUAUGGUUGAGAAAGCCGGAAUUACCUCCAUGAAAGCAACACCACUCGAAGUCCAUCUCAUUCCACGCCUUCUUGCUCCGGGAUACAUAGUGCAUAACUAG